GAGUGCCGCGAAGCACACCGCACCACAGACCACACACGCACACCUCUCGCUCGGCUCUAGGCCUCUAGCCAGCUAUCCAGCAGCAAGUAGCUUCCCGGCGGCAGCGACGGCGAGAGGGCGGCUGCAGUCGGGCCGCCGGCGAGGGAGCUGCCACCAUCAUGCAAGGGGACCAGGCGGAGAAGAGGGGGAAGGUGAAGAAGGGGUGGCUGGCCGUGCGGGUCGGCCAGGCCCAGGCGGAGGCGGAGCAGGGCGACGGGUUCCGGCGGUUCGUCAUCCCCAUCGCCUACCUCUACCACCCGCUGUUCCAGCGGCUGCUGGAGGCGGCCCGGGACACGUAUGGCUACAGCUCGGCCGGCCCGCUCUGGCUGCCCUGCUCCGUCGACGAGUUCCUCCGCCUGCGCGCGCUCGUCGACCGGGAGACGGCGCACUCGCACUCCUCGUCGUCGCACCGCGUGCACGUGCAAGCCGGCGGCCACCACCAGCAGCAGCACGGCUACUCCUUCGCCCCGUGCACCCGCGCCAAGGUCACCUCCUGAUCGAUUAUCCAACAUCGAGCCCCGGCCGGCCGGCUUUCGUCUGUUGAGCACCGGAGCGCGCGAGCGGGAGGAGUUCAUCGUGUUUCUGCCACCUGCCGGAGACGACAGUCACACAUGUACACAUGUACACGUACACGUACAUAGACAGGGAGAGAGAUACCAGAUACGGAGAGGUAUGAGAGGCAGUCACACUAGGUGAUUAGUCUGGGAUCCAUAUUGCUUAUGAUUUUGGUUUUUGUACGGCUUUCUUUCUCUUCUGAUUCUUGCCCAUGUGCAUGUAUACUACUACUAGAUUGAUUAAUUAACAGACCACCGAUGUAUAAUUAACAGUUGAAUUCGAACACAGUCGUCAUAUAUAUACAGCCCCGUCUACAUA